AUCUCAUCGACGUAAAGAACGUAAUGUGAUCGACGCUCAACAUUGUUUGGGACCGAAUAUUACUGCAAAGCUAUACACAUCGAUUAGAUAUUUCACUUGUUGGAGAAACAAAAUACACAGAAAAAAGGUAGCUUGUCUAAAUGCGCUUAGAUGUUUGCUUUGUGUCAGUUUAAACUCAAAUAUUGAAGCCUGAAAACACCGAGAAAGAAAAUCCAAAAUGGCAGCCUCUGUAUUUCCAUUCCAACAUCAAGCUAGAGUUCAACAAAACAUCGGUCCAGUCAAUAUUGUGGAUCCUUCAAGUAACAACUCACCUUUGGAUUUCAACAAGUCUGCAGUGCCAUUGAUGGAGUUGAAAUUGAAUACAAGUCCUGUUGACCAGACACAGAGAAAGGAUAUCAAUCCAGUUCUUGGUGGGGUGCAGGGAGAUCCUGCAAUGGCAGCAUUUGGCGCUAUGGAGAGCUGGACCAAUCCACAAACGUCUUGGGGUUCCAUGGGGCAGAUGGGAAUGGCAGGUUUUCAGGGAGACCCAAAUAUGAUGAAUCAGUGGCAGAUGGGUGGACAAAUACCUGCACAAAUGGGUGCACAAAUGAUGGGUCAAAUGGGGGGGUUUGCCAUGGUUCCACCACCUCCACCACCAGACAUGCAGCAGAAAGAAAUCAUACAAUGUAAAAGCUGUAUAUUAUUCCCACCUAUGAUUGGUAUGCCACCUCCAACGACAAGAGAAAGGCCACCUGGUUGUAGAACUGUGUUUGUUGGUGGACUUCCCCAAAAUAUAACCGAGGAAAUUGUACGAGAAAUUUUUGAGCGCUGUGGUGGAAUAACAAACAUUCGCCUAAGUAAAAAGAAUUUCUGUCAUAUACGAUUUGAGAAUAUGUUUUGCGUGGAUGGUGCUAUAUAUCUGUCAGGAUACAAAGUGCGUAUUGGCACAGAAACAGAUCCACCCAAUAUGGGGAGAUUACAUGUUGAUUUUGCCCAGGCGAGAGAUGACCUGUACGAGUGGGAGUGCUAUCAGAGACAGCUUCAGCGUGAAGAGCGACACAGGCAGAGGAUGGAAGAACAGCGACUACGUCCUCCUUCUCCCCAGCCUGUAGUACAUUUCUCAGACCAUGAAGCUGCUGUUAUGGCAGAACAACUCAAAGCUGGUGAAACUGGUGCAGGUGAUAGUUCUUUUGCUGCUGCUCUUGUUACCUUAGCAACAUGGUUGGAGAGAGGCGACUGCAACAAGAGAACCGCCAACACGUUUUUCAGCAUGAUACAGACUACCCACAGCCAUGUGCGAAGACUAAUGAACGACAAGCAACGCUAUAAUGAAGAGUUGGAACAGGCCAAGGAGUUGCACAGACAAAAUCUAAAUGGAAUCAUUGUACAAUUCAGUGAGAUUGAGCAAGUACUUACUGCAGCCUGCAAGCAGAAAGCCCGGGACCAUUUCUCCAAAGCCCAGCGGAAGCAUAUUGAUCAAUGGAAACAACAGACACAGGAGAUCAAAAUAACAGAGCAGCAGGAUUUGCUGCGUAAUAGAAAUGAAAUUGACAUGGAGGUGUCAGACAGUGAAGAAAAUGAACAACCACCAGACCCGAAGAAGCAGAAAAUAGUUGAAGUUUUUGUUCCCAACACUGCUGAGCUGGAUCAGCUGAAAGAGGAGAAUGAUAGUUUAAGAUGUCAGCUGGAGGCGUACAAGAAUGAAGUGCUUAUCCUAAAAGGGGAAUAUAACAAACAUUCGGAUGGCAAGGAAACUCAGAUCAAAGCAUUACAGCAUGCUUGCCAAGGUUUACAGCAGCAACUACUGGCCGCUAGAUCAGAAGCAAUUGCAGUAAAGGCAACAGAGCCAGAAGUUGAGAAAAAAGUGGAGAAACCUGGAGCAUUAAUGAUGUGGCUGAAGAAAGCUGUUGUCGAGAAAGAAUCGCCAACUAAAGAUGACAAAAUCAGUGUUGGAGAAGGUGAUGAAGAUGAGAAAGAUGCAGGGACUGAGAACAAAGAUGAAGCCCAAACAGAGGAAACGGAAGGAGAAAAGGUUGCCUUGCCGACAUUCAGUCAAGAAGCUCAACUCAGUGAGAAAUCUGAAAAAUUCAAGAAGGCAACCGAGAAAGAAGCGCUGUUAGUGGGUUUAUUGGCCACGUUUCUACAUGUACAUCCUUUCGGUGCGUCUGUGGAGUACCUCUGGGCGUACAUAUCUCGACUUGAUUCCAAAGUUUCACCAGCAGACAUUGAGUCCUUGAUGAUUAAACUACCAACAGUGUUUAAGCAGGAACUAUUUGGUGUUGGAGCCACCCUUGAAAAGAGAUGGCAGUUUUGUGGCUUUGAAACCUGUCUCAAGAAGAAACCUUAAAACUUUGGUGUGCUUUUUCCUCACAAUGAAGGGAACAGUUGAACUUUUCCUCCCAUUGAAACUUUUAAUGAACGAAGAUACAUUAGGAGGGCUAUUUAGUAAUAACACCUUACGUUAUCGUUGUGUGCUAUAGCUUAAUCUCACUGGCACUCACAACUAUGAUAGCAACACAAUUGUUCUGAUAAAAAUGAAAACCAAGCUGUGAAUUCUCAAUGUCUGAGCAUCUAUUUGUAUAUAUACAAAAUAUACUGCAAGUAUUAUGUAAAAUAAUGUGGUAAAAAUUGUACUUCGGAUUCUGUGCUUGAAUAUUUUGAGGAACUCUAUUCCAUGUAUUCUUUGAAUGUAUGAACUGGACAGUGUCCUGGAGAAGCUAGAGUAGAUAAAGGGACUGCUUUCAUUU